CGUUUUUUCCGAAUUCCCAGUUGUCUUGAACGCUGUAUUUCGGCAAGGCGGAUUCUCAGCAACUGUAUUUACGUCAGAUGCCCUAAUUUAUUAUAUUGCACUGAUCUGAAGAGGUGUGUUCUGUUUACAGAUCUACUGGAGGGAUGGAGACCCAUAAUUUGUCCUGUGCCAUUUGCUUGGACCGCUUCAAAGUCCCAGUCACCAUCCCAUGCGGUCACACCUUCUGUCGAGACUGCAUCACGACUCACUGGGACACCAAGUCCAAGUCCGACAUCGGGCCGCAUUGCCCUAUCUGCAAUGAGAAAUUCCCCACUAGACCCAUCCUAAAACGCAACGUGUCCCUGUCCGUCCUGGCUGAGGCCACAGCGAACAGUGCCGGUGCAUUCGGUAGAGACACUGUACCGGUUAUGAGGGGCGACAUGGCCAGAGCCACGCCCCUGAUUCUGUGUGACCGACACAAGAAGCCCCUGGUGUACUACUGCCGGAAGGACAACAUGUGUGUGUGCUGCGAGUGUGCCAUCUCCGAGUGUAAGAACCACGAGAAAGUGCUGGUGGAGGCUGAGAAGGAGAACCGAGAGUUACUACUGAGGAGGAAGAGUGUGGAGGUGGGAAUAUGUAUGGAGAAGACUGAGAGGAGCAUCGCUGAGCUGACGGAGAACAUCACCAAAGCCAAGGUGACACUGCAGCAGACCUCCCACUGGGUGAAUGCCAAGUUCUCCAUGCUGUUGAAGGUGCUAGCAGAGAAACAGGAGUCUACAGAGAACUUCAUUGAGCAGGAGGAGGCAGCUUCCCUCUCCCAGGGGGAGGCUAGGUUGGAGGAGCUACAGGAGAGGGCCAAGCAACUCGGGGAGCGCCAGAGCCAGAUCGCAACUCUUCGCAACCUGCCCGACAUCCAGCUAAUACAGGAGUCUCGGCUGGUGGAGGUCCCUCGCAUGAAGGACAUUCCAGUGGAUGUGACCCCUAACCUGCAGGAGAGGCUCAGCGGGGUGACAGACGUCCUCUCACGGAUCUCCAAGCUAGUGUCUGAGGACCUGGAGAAGGCUGUGUCUACAGCUGUGGGGCAGGACAAGCAAGGUUCUCCCCAGGAUAAGCGCCCUGUCCUGGCUGUGGUCCCCAGUCCUGCUGCUCCAUGCCACCCCGCUGGGAAGGAGGGCCUCAGUGAAUACCGCUGCACCCUGACCUUUGACCCUCGCACAGCCAACAGUCACCUGCUCCUCUGCCAGGAGAACCUACGGGCGGAACACCUGACCUCUGGGCCGCGCCCUGUCCCAGCCCACGAGGCUCGCUUUGACCACACCUGGCAGGUGCUCUGCUUCCAGGGCUUCAAACACGGAAAGCACUACUGGGAGCUGGAGUUGUCCAAGCCAUGGGCCUACCUGGGGGUGACUUACGAGGGCAUCCCCAGGAAGGAAAAGGGGAAAAGGUGCAUGGUGGGAAUGAACGAUCUGUCCUGGAGCCUCCAGCUGGAUGAGCGCCAGCUGAGUGCCUGGCACAACGGCCGCCGGGAGACGGUGGCUGGCCACUCCCACCACUCCCGCAUCGGAAUUCUGCUGGACUACGAGGCUGGAACACUGACGUACUAUGGAGACGGGCAUACGCGGCUGCAUGCCUUCCACUGUGCCUUCACUCAGGAGCUGUUCCCCGCCUGUUGGAUAGGGGAGGGCGUGAGCAUCACCCUCUGCUCGCCAUGACGACAACACGAAAGGGAAUGACCGUGAUCUAACAAUCUCUUAUAGGACUAGUCUAGAAACUAUAACCCUGUUUAUACCUGGUGCUAACAUGGGUCCUUUGUCCUGAUCUUGCCUACAUUCUGAUUGUGCCUACAUUUCCAGAAAUGUGUCAGCAUACAGUACGCUAUUAAAAUGUGCCUGUGGUUGGUCCAUUGUGUCUCCAUUUUGAUCGGAUUUCCUUGUCCCUUUAUGCAAAUUAUUUCACAGCUUUCAAAAUAAUAUUUAUUUAAGACACAUAUUGAUGUAAUCAGUCUAUAAUCAGUCAAUGGUGCCACCUGUCAAUGAUUUUAGAGAGUGGAAUAAUUAUGAUUUAAAUGGUUUCUCUGUCCGGAUCUGUCUACACUUGUAAAAUAUCCAGACACUAUGUGUCUGACGACCUCCAGUCACAAUCAAAUUACAAUGUGUCUUGAUUGUCAACACCUGUCUAAAAAUGUGGGCACAAUCAGGAUGUUGACAGGAUCAGGACAAAGGACACAAGUUAGAACCAGGUAAAAACGGGGCUUAUGGCAACAGGUUCAGUUAUUUUUUGGGAACCAUAGACAUUGCAUCAUUGUAUCUGUCCAAUUAUGGCGUCUGUGAGAGCACGGAAAAGUCUAAACAGGAUCCUAGGGAUGUCCCAACUCUGACAUCAUCCCAUUGAAGUUGAAUUUGAAACAUUUUUAGUUAGGGUUGGGGGGUAGAUCGUUUUCAGCUGUUCGUGCAUACAUAUUUUCUAGAGACAAGCCUGAAGUUCGAAGCCGAAGUUUACACCCCUUUGUCGGUGAUUGGUCAACAGUAGUGAUUUUUCAAUUAAGUGUAUGUUGUCAUUCAACGAGAGGUUAAUAGUUUUCAUGUACACCACCGUUCUAAAGUUUGGGGUCACUUAGAAAUGUCCUUGUUUUUGAAGGAGAAGCACAUUUUUGUCCAUUAAAAUAACAUCAAAUUGAUCAGAAAUACAGUGUAGACAUUGUUAAUGUUGUAAAUGACUAUUGUAGCUGGAAACGGCAGAUUUUGAAUGGAAUAUCUACAUAGGUAUCCAGAGGCCCAUUAUCAGCAACUAUCACUCCUGUGUUCCAAUGGCACGUUGUUAGCUAAUCCAAGUUUAUCAUUUUAAAAGGCUAAUUGAUCAUUAGAAAACCCUUUUGCAAUUAUCUUAGCACAUCUGAAAACUGUUGUCCUGCUUAAAGAAGCAAUAAAACUGGACUUUAGACUAGUUGAGUAUCUAGAGCAUCAGCAUUUGUGGGUUCGAUUACAGGCUCAAAAUGGCCAGAAACAAAUAACUUUCUUCUAAAACGUAUCAAUCUAUUCUUGUUCUGAGAAUUGAAGGCUAUUCCAUGCGAGAAAUUGUCAAAAAACUGAAGAUCUCGUACCAUGCUGUGUUCUUCUCCCUUCACCGUACAGCGCAAACUGGCCCUAACCAGAAUAGAAAGAUGGUGAGGCCCCCUUGCACAACUGAGUAAGAGGACACGUACAUUAGAGUGUCUAGUUUGAGAAACAGAUGCCUCACAAGUUCUCAACUGACAACUUCAUUAUAUAGUACCCGCAAAAUACCAGUCUCAACAUCAACAGUGUUCCUCUGUCCAGUGUCUGUGUUCUUUUGCUCAUCUUAAUCUUUUCUUUCUAUUGGCCAGUCUGAGAUAUGGCUUUUUCUUUGCAACUCUGCCUAGAAGGCCAGCAUCCCGGAGUCGCCUCUUCACUGUUGACGUUGAGACUGGUGUUUUGCUGGUACUAUUUAAUGAAGCUGCUAGUUGAGGAUUUGAGAGGCGUCUGUUUCUCAAACUAGACACUAAUGUACUUGCCCUCUUGCUCAGUUGUGCACCGGGUUCUCCCACUCCUCUUUCUAUUCUGGUUAGAGCCAGUUUGCACUGUUCUGUGAAGGGAGUCGUACACAGUAUGUCCCAAGGAUCCAGGAUAGGAUGAAGCAAAGAUCUCAAAAGGCAGCUCCGUUGAAGCCAUCUAAUUUUCAUCUACUACUACUUCUGUGAGUUGGUAAAACAAACAGAGGGUGCACACUGCCACCUAGAGUGUAUCGUUUGAACCGGUGUGAAGCCAAGGUUGGUGAUUUACUGCCACCUGCAGUUAUGGAAUGUUUCCUAAUGAGUAUAAUUAAUUGACUAGGUUGUAGUGUUAGAUAGAGGACUCUAGAUGGAUAAAACCUGUUUUGUCAUGGGUAUUGCCAUUGAGGGCUUCCACCAUUUUAUAGUAGUCAACUGGGUGGGACUUCCUAUGGGUUAAGGACAGAUCACAUGAUUCCAUCCAGGUCAUCAGGAGGGUCAGCCAAUUAAUUAUAGCCUACUCGUGAACAUUCCACAACUGUAGGUGACAGUAAAUCACCAACCUUGGCAUUAUAACUGUUCAGACAACACACUCUAGGUGGCAGUAUGCACCCUUUCUGUUUGUUUGUCAACUCAGAAGUAGUAGAACAAGAAAAUAUACUACUUCAAAAUAGAGAUUGCCUCAAUGGCGCUGCCUGUGCACGCACAGACGCCAUUAUGGGACAUGUAUAAAUAUGAUAUCUCUAUCAUUCUCUAUGGCCUAGGUAGAGCCAGAACCAUAUUGUCUAUACUUGUGAUCACUAACCUUAUUCUUAGGGAGUCAUCACAUAUAGAGGGAAGAAAGGGAGCUUUUUGGAUUGAAUUCCAGCCGCUGUCCCAGUUGGAUACUAGGACACUGAUGCCUGGAUGGGUGAAAGCAAUAUGGUUUCCAUUAUGCUCAGCGGAGUUGCCUCCAUAUUCUGUUCACCUAUCCAGACUUUUAAGAUGCGUUGGUUUGGGAAGGUACUAGGAUGUAUGUAGGAAAGUAAAAAAUAAAAUGUGUAUUAGGGACCUAUCCCAUGUGAGACCUUUCAUUCUCCGACUGUAGUCUGCAACCCUCAUUUUCCCAUAGUGAGAUAAUGUAGCAGUCAGCAUUUUAUAAUCAAAAUCCUUAACCUGGUGAGACCCCCGGUUGCAAAAAUGUAACAGACCCUAAACUCAUGUCAAACACGACAUAGUUAAUCUCCUUAGAUCCAGAUGUAUAUCUUAGUAGCAUUUGUUGUAUGUCCAGUCUUCUCUAAGAUGUAUUGAUUACAUAGAAGAAAAAUAAUCAAGAAAAACAUUCUAGGCCAGAGCUAGAUGUUAAUUAAAUCUAGUUGUGUAGUUGCCAAAUGUUGUGAGUUAAGAGACCGCUCCUAAUUGGAACCUUAACAAGAAUACAAACCACUCUCCCUCACAUUGCUGUCCCUAACAUGUAAAGCUGAUGAUAGUGCUGUGAUGUCACCUUACUGUACAGAUGUUUAGUACAGUCCAGUUGUGGGACACUGACUUAAAAUGGGAGAGAUUAGUAAGUACAGCUGUGUCACAGGAAUCUUCUGGAAUGUUAAUGUUCAGAGAACAUGGGAUCAGACUCGGUAAAGCAGACUAGUCUUUGGGAUAUUGAUGUGGACAACCAGAAGCACCGUUAGGAACUGGAAAGGACUACUAUACGAGAAACCGGGUUUCUGUGAGAGAACGGAAAAUCACAUCUCUAGGGCUGCUAGAGGCUGAGGAAAUGUCUCAAAAGUUCCUGUUGGAAUUGAACUGGAGCUGAUGUUAAAUGUUUAGAACAACUUUGUGUUGGAAGUUGGAGCUGGACAUAAAUCUGGUAUUAAUGUAGACAUGGUGCCAGCCUGUUUCUGAUUUAGCCAACUUGUCAUUUUGUCAAACAAGGCAAUGAUGUAGCACAUAAAUGCAGAUAUAGUCAGGUACCCAGGUUAGCAUCACAAUGUGUACAGAAAAAUUCAACAGUCAAAUUAAUAAAAUGGACACACUUCACAUCACACAAGAUCAGUUUGAUAAAACCCAAUUCAAUGCAUAUUAGUUACAAUUGAGACCAUGCUUUGCUUUUGUUGUCUUUUCAAUAUUAUAUUUGAACAUUUUAAUUACUCAAUAAAUUAAUGUGAAUUUGAAAUAAAUACAGUGCAUUCGGAAAGUA